GGCGCCACACUGAAAGAAUGCCUUCACUGUAAAAAAAAACAGACAGAGUAGAGAGAGUUCAGAGAGAGAGAGAGAGAGAGGGAGAGAGAGAGAGAGGGUGGGAGGGAGAGAGUUGCUACUGCGCAUAAACACAGAGAUUUGACCUGUAGGUUUUAACUUCGAUCUUUAGACAGUAUGCAGUAAUUCACCGGCUGCGGGCGAGGUUGCCUCUAAACAGUGCAACAACUUGUUGCGGCUACCACUCAAUAUCGAAUCUUUGCGGGAGGAAAGUUUUGGGGAUCUCAGAAGAGGAGACCGAUACGACUGGACUUAUUAAUGACAGCGCACGAGUACGAUAAAAUCUAAGAGUGAUAAGAACGAUUCAUCUAAAAAAGAAAAAAACCUGUGGAUUAAACAUCGCUGAAGUUUGGACAGAUACUUUUUUUUUCUUUUCUUGCUUGUGUUGUACCGGUUGUUUUUUGUGUAUAUGAACGUUUGCUGUCAGCAAUGGAAACCGCGGAUCAGCCCCGGUGGAUGGGCCAUCACCACCCAGCUGUACUGAACGGCCAGCAUCCCGACUCGCACCACCCGGGCCUCGGCCACUCGUACAUGGAUCCGUCUCAGUAUCCCCUCGCUGACGAUGUGGAUGUACUGUUUAAUAUCGACGGACAGGGCAACCACGUCUCUCCGUAUUACGGAAACACCGUCAGAGCCGUCCAGAGAUAUCCGCCUCCUCCUCACAGUAGUCAGGUGUGUCGUCCGCCCCUGCUCCACGGUUCACUGUCCUGGUUGGACAGCAGCAAAGCUCUCGGCACGCACCACAGCACGUCCCCAUGGAACUUGAGUCCUUUCCCCAAGACUUCUCUGCACCACGGCUCCCCCGGAGCCCUCUCCGUCUACCCGCCGGCAUCGUCCUCCUCCCUUUCGGCGGGUCACUCCAGCCCCCACCUCUUCACCUUUCCCCCGACCCCUCCUAAAGAUGUCUCCCCGGAUCCGGGAAUCUCUACUCCGGGCUCAAGCAGCUCCGGACGCCAAGAGGAAAAAGAAUGCAUUAAGUACCAGGUGUCCCUAGAAAGCAUGAAACUGGAGUCCCAUGGCCGCAGCAUGGCAUCAAUCGGAGCGGGGGCAUCGUCCGCUCACCACCCCAUCGCAACUUACCCAUCCUAUGUCCCCGAAUACGGGCCUGGCCUCUUCCCACCAAGUAGCCUGAUAGGUGGGUCAUCUUCUAGUUAUGGUUCCAAAACAAGACCAAAAACAAGGUCCUGUUCAGAGGGUAGAGAGUGCGUUAAUUGCGGAGCCACUUCCACCCCUCUCUGGAGGAGGGAUGGCACGGGUCACUAUUUGUGUAAUGCCUGCGGACUCUAUCACAAGAUGAACGGACAGAACCGGCCUCUUAUCAAACCCAAAAGACGCCUGUCUGCAGCAAGACGAGCUGGGACGUCAUGUGCAAACUGUCAAACGACCACGACGACCCUUUGGCGAAGAAACGCAAACGGGGACCCUGUCUGUAACGCGUGCGGGCUGUACUACAAACUGCACAAUAUUAACCGACCACUGACCAUGAAGAAGGAGGGCAUACAGACCCGUAAUCGGAAGAUGUCCAGCAAGUCCAAGAAGAGCAAAAAGUCCCACGACAGCAUGGACGAGUUUUCCAAGAGCCUCAUGGACAAGAACAGCUCCUUCAGCCCCACGGCCCUGUCCAGACACAUGAGCUCCUUCCCCCCAUUCUCGCACUCCGGCCACAUGCUGACCACGCCCACGCCCAUGCACCCCUCGUCCAGCCUGCCCUUCGCCCCCCACCACCCCUCCAGCAUGGUCACCGCCAUGGGGUAGGCCUGCUCGCGCAGAAGGAACGGAAACGCGCCCCCCCCACCCCUCCACUGUCCCCCUAAACACGCAUCCACCCAACCCUGCCACCGCUCCAGCCCAAGCACCGCCCCCGCCUUCCCCGCCUCCCCCCAACGAACGAGCGCUCUUCCAAAAUGACGAGCCCAGAGGACAGAGCCGCUUCCGGAGGGGUGUCUUUCUCGAUCCUGAGAAACCGCGAGCCGUUGCUUUCCGGGGGUGGGCCACACCGCGUCCAGCGACCAACCACUGAAUCUGAAAUCCAUUUGUGUACAGAAGCCAUUUUCCACAAAUAUGGUCAAAUAUCAGACUGCUGGUCCCCCCUUAAGCCCACCCACCUCUCACCCCCAGCCCCAACCCACCCUUCCCACCUACCCUGUGAAACAGGGGUUCCCCUGUACUGUGAAAAAGAGGACAUGAACCAUGAACUUUGAACAUAUUUGUACAGAUUGUAUGAAAUACAGUACAUUUAAUGAAGACUUUUUAAUAAUAAUAAUAAUAAUAAAAAUGCCCAUGGGCAGCUACGACGAGAAGGGUACGAGUUGCUGCAGGAAGAAAGACCAUCGGAGAGCCGCUUCGUGGUAGGGAGGCCCACCUGUCCCAGUGGCUCCGGGUUCAAGAGAGAGUGAGCGAGAGAGAGAGGGGAGCAGAUGUAAACUGCCAAUCCUCCUCCUGCCAGUGGCAGGCAUUGUUUGAUGCAUUAAAAUGUGUAGA